UAGUCUUAACAUUAGCUUCAAUUUACUUCAAUAAGCAAAACCUUGCUGUAAAGUGGCCAUUUACAAUAAUAACAGCAGUCAGUCUUCAAGUUUAGACUGUUGAUAGAAGGCCAUUGGCCAGAGGAUCUCUCUCUCCCCCUCUCGUUCUCUCUCUCUCCUCGAUGUCGUGUGGAUGUAAAUGUAGACUCAGUGAUGACUGUGAGGCUUGAGUGAGACAGACGGGCUGCGAUGAGCUCAUGGGCUGCGGAGCGUCAUGUUUCUGGCUCAGACUGCUGCUGCUAGAUGACCAUGGAUGACAGUAGAGCGUGUACCUGCGAGUGUUUACCUGCCAGUGUUUACCUGCCAGCGUUUACCUGCGAGCGCCGAUCACCUGAAGAGUAAUGCUGAAGGGCCGCAGGUUUGUGGAGAGUUAUGAGCGGAUGGAGCGCGCGUCUUCUCCACUGCAUCACUCUGCACAGCUUCCUCAGAUCCUAAAUAAAGAGCCUCUGUCACCAACAUGAGCUGGAGCUUUCUCACUCGACUCUUGGAGGAAAUCCACAACCACUCCACAUUUGUGGGGAAGGUCUGGCUGACGGUCUUGAUCAUCUUCCGGAUCGUUCUGACCGCAGUCGGGGGCGAGUCGAUCUACUCGGAUGAGCAGACAAAGUUCACCUGCAACACAAAGCAGCCCGGCUGUGACAACGUCUGCUACGACGCCUUCGCACCGCUCUCACACGUCCGCUUCUGGGUCUUCCAGAUAAUCAUGAUUUCCACACCCUCCGUCAUGUAUCUGGGAUAUGCCAUCCAUAAGAUCGCCAAAACCUCAGAGGAGGAACGACACAAGAACCAGAUUUACCAGAAGAGGAGGCACCACAGUCGCUGGAGAAACGGACACCAUCUAGAGGACGCUUUAGAGGAGGAAGAUGAGGACGCGGAGCCAAUGAUCUACGAAGAAGAUGCACGAGAGAUCAAAGCAGAGACUGUCCGAGAUCCCCUAAAACACGAUGGCCGCCGCAGGAUCAUGCAAGAAGGUUUAAUGAGGAUGUAUGUUCUUCAACUUUUAUCCCGCGCCAUCUUCGAGGUGGGAUUCCUCACGGGUCAGUAUCUCCUCUACGGCUUCCGCGUCAACCCUUCGUACGUCUGCAACAAGAUCCCAUGCCCACACAGGGUGGACUGCUUUGUUUCAAGACCCACCGAGAAGACCAUCUUUUUGCUCAUCAUGUAUGUGGUGAGCUGUCUAUGUCUGCUGCUCAAUGUUUGCGAGAUGUUUCACUUGGGGAUCGGUGCCUUUCGAGACACUCUUCGCAAACGUCGAAACCAGAAUCAGCGACCUUCCUAUGGCUACCCUUACUCCAGGAAUAUUUCCAGUUCUCCGCCAGGAUACAACUUAGUUGUUAAAUCCGACAAACCCGGUCGCAUUCCCAACAGCAUCGUCCUGCCUGAUCAGAACAUGGAUAGAGAGAUCGCAGAACAACACUGCACAAGUCCUGAUGAGAACAUCCCCACUGACCUAGCAACCUUGCACCACCAUUUACGAGUAGCUCAGGAGCAGCUUGACAUGGCUUUUCAGACAUACAACACAAAAACCACUCAUAUUUCAAGAGCCAGCAGCCCCGUUUCUGGUGGCACAACGACAGAGCAGAACCGCAUCAACAUGGCUCAGGAGAAGCAGGGCGCUCGGCCCAAAGCAAGCACCGAGAGAGCUGGGACACUAGUAAAAAAUGGAAAAACUUCGGUGUGGAUUUAAUAGAAAACUCUUCGUACCUGACUAGUCAUUUUUCCUUAGAAAACAUAUUGCAAACUGCGUUCAGCGAGGACACAAUUGAUCAUGUUCCUUGGGUUCUGUUGAAACUUCUUCAAAUAUGAAAAAUAAAUAAACUGUAGACGGGUAGUGUCCAUUUCCGAAGCUUUCUUUGCAUCGUGUCUCAGAAUAACCCUUAACAUGCUCCAUGUUGCAUAUCUUAAAUGCUGCGUUUCUUUCUAAUUUAAAAGAGCAAAUCUGUUUCAGAAGUCAGUCUUUAUUGUAUCAUUGUCCUAAUUUAGUAUAUAAAACAAUCUCUAUGUAUUUACUCCAUUCUAUCAUUCCCUGAUACAUAUGUUCUGAUCUUUAUGUUCUCCUAGUGUUAUUAGACUGUGGCUGUGUUCCAAACCCAAACGAACUACCCGUCUAACCCUAUUCAAAAUACAUGCACACAGUAAGAUUAGGCUGGAUUAUUUAUUACAUUUCGAGUGUGAUGCAGCUUUACAUGUAUACUCUAUUGAGCAAUGCACUGUGAUGAAAAUUUCAUCAAAGACGAUGGAAGAGAGUUGCAAAAAACUCAAGCAUCGAUAAACUUUUUGUAUAUAUCAUUUAAGUAAAAAACUUUAUAGGCCUAUGUAUUAAUCAAAAUAGUCAACUUAUUAAAGUGCACUUUUACAAAAACAAA